AUGAUAUAUGUGCGAUACAGUAAAAGCCAGGAACAGACCGGGGAGGAGAAGGAUAACAUCAGGUUCCUACCCCCGGCCGUUGGAAACCUCCUCUUGACAUAUCUCGCGUUCGUGCUGCCCUUGCGUCAGGCCUUUCUACGUCAGAGCAAGCCGGGGGCUCUACUUUCGCCAUACCUAUGGUCAAAGCUUGGUGGCGAGGUCUGGAGGGACGGUAUGGUCUCAUCCUGCCUCCGGAGGGCAUGCGUGCGGGCAGAGGUGCCCCAGUUCCAGGUGGCAUGGUGGCGCCAAGUUGCUGCUUCCAUUACAAAGGAGAAGUUCAGCGCCAGGGAGCAGGCCAAUUUCGACAUGGGUGAGAUCGCAGCGUCUGAAGAAGUUGAGGAUGAAGCGGAUCUUGCG